AUGGCUGAAAAAUUAUCGGAACAACAAAUAGCUGAGUUUAAAGAAGCUUUUUCCCUUUUUGAUAAAGAUAGUGAUGGAAAAAUCACCACCAAAGAAUUAGGUACUGUAAUGAGAUCAUUAGGUCAAAACCCUAGUGAAAGUGAAUUAACUGAUAUGAUUAAUGAAGUUGAUAUCAAUAGUGAUGGAUCAAUUGAUUUCCCUGAAUUUUUAACUAUGAUGGCAAGAAAAAUGAAAGAUACUGACUCUGAAGCUGAAAUUGCUGAAGCUUUUAAAGUCUUUGAUAGAAAUGGUGAUGGUAAGAUUUCAGCUGCUGAAUUAAGACACGUUUUAACAUCCAUUGGCGAAAAAUUAUCAGAUGCUGAUGUCGAUCAAAUGAUCAGAGAAGCUGAUACCAAUAAUGAUGGAGAAAUUGAUAUCCAAGAAUUUACUAAAUUAUUAUCGGCUUAG